AUGGCCGCUCCCAAACACAAGAUCAUCAUCGAUACCGACCCAGGUGUUGACGAUGUCCUGGCUAUGCUUCUCGCGCUGAGCGCAUCCCCCGAGGAACUGGAAGUUCUAAUGCUAUCCGUUACAUAUGGGAAUGUCCCGCUUCAAAGUUGCCUGCACAAUGUCGUUGCUCUCUUCAAUGUUCUGGAGAAGGAACUUGAAUGGAGGAAAGCCUCUGGCAGGCCCGAGGGUUUCGGUGUUCUGAGAGCCCAGAAGCCUAUUGUUGCAGUUGGCCCCGAGCAUCCCCUGGAGGAAGAGGAAUUAAUGGCUGAUUACUUCCAUGGACUUGACGGGCUUCACAACGUGCACACAGCACAUCCUCAUCUAGCCCCCGCCCAAACUUGGAAGUCCAUGUUUGAAAGUAACAGCACUGACACUUAUUCCCCUUACUUCACACCUUCCAAGUCUCCCGCUCAUAAGGAGAUCCUCCGCCUUCUUAAGGAAAACCCAGAAAACACCAUUUCCAUCCUCGCCACCGGGCCACUCACUAACGUUGCUCUGGCCGCCGCCGACGACCCCGAGACGUUCCUCAGAGUGAGAGAGCUGGUUGUCAUGGGAGGAGCCGUCCAUGUUGAGGGCAACGUGACUCCAAAUGCAGAAUUCAACUGCUACGCUGAUGCCAUUGCAGCUGCUCGGGUUUACGCCCUCACCUCGCCAAACCCCCAGUCCACCAUGCCACUCAUUCCAGAGAGCAUCUCUGUUCUCUCUGCCUAUCCACCAAACCUCAGCAAGCGCCUGAAACUGACCCUCUGCCCUCUUGAUAUCACGACUCCUCAUUUCCUCAAUAAGAAGUAUUUUGAGGAUGCCAUCCAGCCACACAUUGAUGCUGGCAGUCCUCUCGCUACGUGGACAGCACACUUUGUCCGAGGGGCAUUCCGAAAGAUCGAGUCCAUGGUAGGUGCCGAUAUCGAUGCGGAGCUAUCUCUGCACGAUCCUUUCACCGUCUGGUACGCCAUUGCGCACAACGAUCCUAGCUGGAAGUUUGCGGAUCAGCUUGAGGACAUUAGAAUAGAAACCUCGGGCCAGUGGACCCGCGGUAUGCACGUUAUUGACCGCCGACCCUGGGCCACACCUCGCGAGAAGGCCGUCGAGUUUUACGAAAAGGUAGAAAACGCCAAGUCCUUGGAAAUGGUGGCGGAUCGCCCCGGCGACACUCUCGCCUGGUUCAACGCGGAUAAGGGUAACAGAAUCCGCCGGAUCACUGGCACCCCAGGUGAGGCCGUGCUAAAGGAGGAGCUGAUGAGGAGGAUAUUUUCUUAG